AUGUUCAAUGCCUCGAAUGCCGAAGCAUACCUAGCCGGUGACGCCUCCAAGCUGCAACUGGUGGAAAGUGGGCCCUACGUUUUCCGUCGCCGCGAGUUCAAGAUCGACAUCAACUUCCUGGACGACGGGGCUCGAGUGAGCUACAAGUCCUACACUUACCACACGUUCGAGGAAUCGCUGAGCUGCGACGGAUGCUCCGAUCUGGACAAAUUCACGAGCUUCGACGUCGGAUACCUGAACGUCAUUGCGCAGGCAGGGGGAGAAAAGGCCUUUGGACCGCAGAUGAUGCGCUGGGUCAAUGGGCUCAACUCGCUGGAUCCCGUUGCCAUGAACACCGUCGCGAGUGGUGGCAAAGUGCUGACUUUCCUGGCUACAGGGCCACAAGCUAUUGCAGACUUGGAUCUGUCCGGGUUCGUCUACAACGGACUAUUCGUCACCCGAACGGUGUCGCAGUGGGCUCUAGGGUACCCGAGUCUGCUGGCUGGAUUGGGUCUGGGCAGCGAGUUCAUCUCGAGCUGCAAUGUAACGAAUGGAUGGAACAGCCAAUGUGCGAGCUGUGAGGGAGACGCUUGUCUAGAUAUCUGGUAUGAAUGCAAACAAUGCGCUCUGGGGGCAAGCGUCGUCGCGAUCAACAACGUCACAUGCGGGGUCAUCGAGGAGAUCUACGCUGCGGAAUAUGGUGCGGAAGAAGCAGCCACGUUUAGAGACAACACGUGCAAUCUGUGCGAAGCUUUUGGACUUUGUGCUGCCCCUCUGCCUGGUAUCGCUGAGGAUUCGGGACUCGACUACUCCAAGACGCCCCCUUCGGCUGAUAAUCUCGAGACAUACAUCCAGGUUACAGGCUGCAAGGAUGACUCAAAGAUUCUUGAGUAUGAAGAGUUUAAUGGCUUCACCUCUACGCCGUUGUGGGUCACCACACUCGGCGAGGAACGUCGCAACCCGACACUGGUGGAAAUCAUCGCGUUCAACGACUACGGGAACUGUGCCAAGCCCACAGCAAACCUCACGUGCAGUGCCGUUGAAGGCAACGAUGCCACCAGCAUUAAACCUGGAGGUGCUGGCAUGACUGGCUUUGAGGACACUUUGACGCAGACAUUAUCCGAUAUGUUUCUGGAUGAAGGGAAGCAGAACGUAACUUUAUACUUGACCGGACAGGAGGUCGACCACGAGGGGAUCACUCUUCAUCGCUUCAGUCCUCCCAAUGAUCUGCUGGUCAACUCGCAGUUUAACAACGCCAAGGGUACAGGCUGGCCGGUGGAUGGCGUGCAGCCCUUAGUGUUCUCUACAGGGUUCUUGGCGUAUGUGUCCUACCCGAUCUACAUAUACGGCAACACGACGCUACUGGACGCCGUAGAGAUCACCAUGAGCGACGGCGUGGUGGCGUCUGGAGACUCCAUGUACGACUUGGGCGACUUGAAACAAGAGUACAUUGACAAAUACGUGACGUACAUCGACGUGGAGGCUGGAACAAGCAAGACGAUGGUGGCCCACAAGCGACUGAUGGCGUCGUACGCCAUGUCGUGCUCGGCUCUGAACGAGUCGGCGCCAAUGUCUGACGUGCUGUGGCCCAACCUCGAGGCGGAGGUUAUCUUCCCUGCUUAUUGGGGCGAGGAGAGCGCUACGGUCGGCAGCUCGUCGGUGGACUAUUACCAUCUCGUUCAGCGCCUGCUUAAGUCGGUCUUACCAGUGCUUAUAGUCGGCAUCAUCGUUGGACUGGCGCUAGUGGGAGGCGGCUUCUUCCACCGGCGCAGGAUGGUGACGCAACACGCUCAGCAGAAGGACCCGACAGGUGAAGUGUGA